AUGUUCAAAGUAAGUUUUGAAAAAAAAAAACGAUUUCAGUUACAAACUUUCUUAAAUUAUUCGGUUACUAACAUCAACAACACGUUAUUUUCUUGGAAACCUUUAAUUUCAUCAUUUGUGGUUUUCAAAGGUAUAUUUGAGUUAUGUUUACAAAAAAGACAAUUUCAAAAAAUUUCCAAAAAUCAUGAAGUUACUACAAAUAUUCAUGGAUUUGAUCAACUAAAAAUUGAAAAAGGGAUUCAAUAUUCUUUACUUAAGUUAAAAUUCAAUGGUUUUAAAAUUAUAUAUGAAUCUAUUAUUGAUUUGAUAUUUGUUAAAUUUAAUUUAUAUUAUAAAAUUUGGUCAGUUUGUGCAUGGUUGCUGAAACAAAAUAAUGUUGUUGUUGAAAAUCAAACAAUUUAUUUAAGUCAAACUAUUUUAUUCAUAACAUUAUCUAGUUUUUUAAUAUUAUUAUUUAAAAAAUUACCAAUGAAUUAUAUAGAAAAUUUUCAAAUUGAAAAAAAAUUGGGAUUUUUUAAAUCAGGAAUUUUAAAAUGGAUUAUGUUUGAAUUUUUAAUGACUUUAUUACAGUUGUUUAUUGAUAUUUUAGGAAUCAUAGUUUGUUUAAAAUCAUUUCAGUUUUUCAAUUUUAAAAUUGAAAUUUUCAAAUUACUGAUUAUCACUAUUUUAUUUGGUUGUUUCAUAUUAUUUAUUUAUCCAAUUUUAUCAAGUUUCAUAACUAAACAAAAUGAACUUCCAGAAGGUGAAUUAAGGAUUAAAAUUGAAACUUUUACUGAGAAACAAACUUUUAAAUUGAAAAAAAUCUAUGUUGCUGAAGUAUCAUCUACAACAUCACAUUCUAAUGCAAGUGUUGAAGGAAAUCCAUUAAGUGUUAAAAAGAUUUCAAUUCCAAUAGAUUUGAUAUUUAAAAUUUUAAAAAAUUAUUUACAACAAAAUUUUGAAUAUCAAGCUGAUUCAUUUGCAACAACUUGUGGUUAUAAAGAAUCAAUGAAAAACGCAUUAAUUCGACUUACUGAUCAAAAUUUAUCAAAUACUUCUGAUGAUUGGUUAUAUUCUAGUCUUUAUUCUACUCAUCCUAGUAAGAUUGAUCGAUUAAAUGCCAUUGAUAAAAAUUAG